CCCCAGACCAUCAACCCCCUGCAGCUCAAUGCCCCAAUGUCGCUCGCCAGCUCCCGCCCCAUCUCCAUGUCGGCAUGCGCGGCCUGCCGAGGCCAGUCCCACAUCCACACCCACUCCCACACCCACACCCACACCAACCUCGCCCACUCCCACUCCCACAUCCACUCCUAUCCCCAUCCCCACUCCCACUCCCACUCCUAUCCCCUGCCUGUUGCCCACCCCCAUGCACUCGGCUCUCUCCAGGCACCCGGUUUGAUGUCCCAAAAGACGCUUCCGGCCUCGUCGCUGCACUUCCACCCCAACCCGUCCAUCCACCCCCUCUCGAUCCACCACCCCCAAGCCAUCCUCCGGUCCGAUGUCCACUUGCCGGCCCGAGACGACGCCAUGUCGAUCGAAUCGGCCAGCCUCGGGUCUCCAAACCCCUUCAAGAUCGGCACCUCGCCCGAGACAUCGCUGACGGUCGAGCGAACCCCCUCGGAGCUGUAUGGCGGCAGCGGGCCGUUCUUCCUGACGCUCGGGGACAUUGGAGCACCGUUCAGCAGCGAUCUGGAAGCCUACGAGAUCGGUGGCUACUCUGCGAGCGAUAUGUCGUCGCUGGCGUAUGGCGGGGCGUUCCCGAUGAAUGUCCCUGUCAUGGCGACCGCACAGGCACCGACUCCGAUGACCACUCCGACCCUCACUCCGACCCCCACUCCGGCCACGGCAGCAACUAUCACUCCCACAGCCAUCUCGGUGUAUUCCGGCGAUAUCUCUGACGCACCCGCGGCACCAAUUGUGUCCGGUAGCUCUAGCACCCGCAGCUCGUUCUUGAAGAAGGAUCUUGGCUUCUCGACUGCUUCCGAGAUCCUCUCCAAGCUCGUCCACAGCACCGGCCGCGAAAGCAUCGGGUCGCGGCGCAGCCAGGUCAAAGUUGCAUGCAACCACUGCAAGAAGGCGUGCAAACGCUGCGAUAGCAACCGCCCAUGCAGUCGGUGCGUCCGCCUGGAUUAUACGGACUGUGCUGAUGCGCCUCGAAAGGAGCGCAAGCGCAUCAAGCGGAGCAUCAAGACUCCAUCGAUGGAGUCUCUCACGAGCGACAUCGAGACAGCAUCGCAAUACACCACCGCCACCGCCACAACCGACACCAGAGACACCGACUCCAUUUCCAUGCUUUCCACCAGCGAGUUCUCCGAAGGCGAAUCGACCUACCGCUCCGUCUCCAUCAAGACCCGGCCAUCGCUGACCUCCAUUUGCUCGAUGUUCGAAGAUCCGGUGUCUCCGCCCCCGAUCCACAUGCCUCUUCGCGAUUAUGCUGAGCCCAUGGACAGCAUGCCCCAGACCCCUGAAGAAUUUGACAGCCUGCUCAUGAAUCCCAAUCAGUUUGAAUCGUUUUUCCCCGAGGGUGGCUAUCGCUUCUAA